UGAGACUGAGGAAUGAGUCAUAGACAGAAUGAGAGCAUUCAUGACACAGUGAGUGUGAGGAGAGGCACUGUCAAUCAUCAUUAGGGUGUAUUCACACUCGCUUCAGCUCAUCUCAAGGGUGGUCAAUCAAACUGAGCAUUUCUUGUUCAAAUUUUGUUCUUAGUUUACUGAAUUUUGAACCUAAUAUUGUUUUGCUGAUAUUCAAUGUGAAGCAAUCAUGCUACAUUCAUAGGUUAUGAAACUGGCAGAUAUUAAAGUCUCUGAACUUUUACUCAUAGUUUAAUUUGAUUUUAAAUUAAAAUUUACAAUUUCAUGUGUCUACUUGUAUCAUUAAACUGCUUUUACAUUUCAUUAAAAUCAUUUGAUAGAAGUUACAUACUAAGGCUAGCAAAAGGUUUGUGAUUUUACUUCUUGAAGUACAGGUGCAUGUAUAAUUUGAAGUAGCUAUACUUGUAUGCAUUGAUGCUUCACACAUAAUGAUGUGCCUUGGAAAUAUGAUUGAGUGAUUCAUUGGGCUUGGGUUGGUUAAAAGGAAUUAACGGACAUGAAGUGUCAAUCAGUGUGUCUUUUAUAUAUCCUAAAUUCAUUUACACAUAAGUACCUAUUAAACCGUGCAUGUUAAUCAUUUUCCCAACAGCACAAUUGUUUUCUCUGUAAGGUACAGCUAUGACUAUGCAUUUUAAUCUGUUUUCCUCCAUUCCUUCCUCAUUAUUUUGAUCAGUCUGAAAUCACAUGUCAGUGUGCUCUACAGAUUUUCAGCUCAAAUCUCAGUCAGACUAGAAAAUGUUGACCUGAAGCACUUAACUCACUGUGUAUUUCAUCUUUCAUAUAUCAGAAAACAAGAAGGGAUGCUCAGUUUUAUUAUAAAAUUAAAGCACUGAUGCUCAAAUCUGUUGUCUGUUGAUAUACAUGUUCUUCUGAUUUCCCCAAAUAUAUGCAGUCCUUUAAGAAGGGGCCCUUAGUCAUAAAGUAAUCACUAGCUCUUUAUUAGACUGCGAUAACAACCAGUUGGCACAUAACAAAAUUGAGAAGCAUGAUGAUUUCAUUCCUCUGGUACUCUGUCAGCUGAUAUCAUCAACUUGACAGCUACUGUAUUACUGUCAGAGCUGGGUAGAUCCUGAUGAUAAUAAACCCACACAAUCCUUACCAGCAGACUGCCCUCACAGCUACUUUAUUUACAUUCUGUAGCAGACGACGCUCCUACCCACACACACACACACUCAUGUUCUCCCAUCAUCAUCUGUGUGUCUGUGUGUGACAGAUGCUUGGUUCAGAGAUACACAAAGCCUGAUAUGUGCUGGUUAUGUUGGGGACUUGGAUGACUCAGUGCUCCCGUUUGUAUUCACGCCGAAGCUUGCCAACGAAUGCCGCUUCCCCCAUCGAAUUACCCAUUCAUCGUUCUGCCCUUACUCACUUCUUCACUCCUUUUCCAGCUUGAGCUGAAGAGUGGUUAUAACAUACCAAAGCUUAAGUUAUCAGGCUUGUACACUUUUUAUUUCAUUCGUGUUGUUUAGUGCCGGAAUGAUGAGAACUUUUUAUUGGUAUGGAUUCAUUAGCAUAUAUAUUUUUCAUCCUGAAUUGAUUUAAUGAAUUUUUAAUAAAACUUUUGUGUAGUAUUACAUUCAAGUUCUUUGUGGAUCAGAAUGAAGCGGUACUAAGUAUAUCACGGAAAACGCUGGAUACUUCUGCAUUUUGUUCUUUGAAUGCAUGAUGGAGCAAUAAAACUCGUUCUUCUUGAUAAGGCAUAUUAAAUAUUUACAAUGCACUCAUGGAUAUAAUACUUCUAUUGAUAAGCGUGCUGCGGAGGCUUUAAUGUGGAGGCUUCAUUCCAAAUACGGAACAAAUUGUUAGUGUGUGAUGUACCGCAUGAUUGGUUGUAUCAAUCGCAUGGAUUCUUUCUUUAUACCUGAUGCAACUUAGCCUGAAACUACUGGAGGUGUUUUGAUGAGACAUGACCAUUCCUAUUUCCAACCAUUCCAAAGGAAACAUGACAUAACGUCCAUUCAGGAAAUGAACAUUUAUGCUGCAACUGCCAUCAUGGAUAUGUACAUCCACUACCGACUUCAAAAUUACUGUAUACUCCAAUGUAUAUACCUUUAGCCAAGUAAGAAAAGUCAUUCCUUUUCUCAGUCCAUUCCAGAGCAACAUUUGUAUAUAUUGUGUGUACAUCAACCCAAAUAAUCAAAAUGAUGCGAACAUCUUUAUCCAGCAUGGUGCUAUCUGAGUCUAGCUCCCCCAAUGGGGUCGACGAAGGGGCCAAAAAUAGUGGUAAAACCGGUGGAGGUAGCUCAUCCAGGAGAUCAUUGAGCUUCAGACGGAAGAAACGCAGCCUUAGCUGGAGAAAGAACAGGUGCCUGAGUGAUAUAAUCAAUGUCGAUUCAUUUGUAAAUAGCCAAGAAUGGACAUUGAGCAGAACAGUUCCAGAACUGAAAUUGGGUGUAGUAGGGAGUCUAACCAGUGGGAAGUCAGCUCUGGUCCAUCGCUACCUUACAGGAUCUUACAUGCAGGAGGAAUCACCUGAAGGAGGGAGAUUCAAGAAGGAGAUUGUUGUGGAUGACAGGAGUUACCUGCUUCUGAUCAGAGAUGAAGGAGGUCCUCCAGAGCUUCAGUUCUGCUCCUGGGUGGAUGCUGUCAUCUUGGUCUUCAGCGUAGAAGAUGAGAUGAGUUUCCAGAUGCUCUAUAAUUUCUAUGCUAAGAUAGCACACUACCGUAACACAGCUGACCUACCAAUGAUUCUAGUCGGUACUCAAGAUGCGCUAACACAGAACUCGCCGAGGCUGAUCGACGAUACGAAAGCCAAGAAGCUGGCGGCCGAUCUCAAGCGCUGCCCGUACUUUGAAACAUGUGCAAUGUAUGGACUCAACGUAGAAAGGGUCUUCCAAGAUGCUGCCCAGUUAAUAGUGGAGAAGAAGCACUAUCAUCCGAUGGCCUCCCUCUCCAACUCCAGCAGCUCCCUCCCAAGCACCCCCCACUCGGUGCGUAGCAACCCCUUCCCAGGCACAGCCCCCUUUCCUGGUCCCAACACCCUCUCUGCCCCGAGCGCCAACCACUCCAACAGUCAGCACCAUCAUCACCAGCAGCAGCAGCAAGCAGGAACCACUGGAUCCAUGGGCUCCAGGAAAGGGAGCAGAGACUCUAUCAGGGAAGGAUCACAAGGAUCCAAUCAAGGAUCGGAUAGAGGACCACUUCAGCCAAGCCCUAGCAGUACACCUAACUUCACAAGAAAGUCCAGGAGGAAAUCAAAUCUCUUCACAAAUUUUGUUCUGAUGUCAAUAGAUGGCAAGACAUCAGCCAGUUCGUCUCCAAGUGUGUCUCCUGGUGUGUCUGUCUAUGUAGCACCCAACAAAGGCAAACCUCAGAACAAUGAGACUAAGAAUGGUGGUGGUGAUAGCAGCUCUCUUCCCAACCAUCAUCAGAGAGGGAUCGGAAGCGGCAGGAGUAUUCCAGUCAAGCAGGGUUAUCUGUACAAGAGGAGUAGCAAAGCAUUAAACAAAGAGUGGAAGAAGAAGUAUGUGACGCUUUGUGAUGAUGGCAGAUUAACAUAUCACCCAAGCUUACAUGACUACAUGGACGAUGUGCAUGGUAAGGAGAUCCGUCUACUCAACACAACAGUGAAAGUACCUGGAAGGAGACCUCCCUUAGCUAGAGCAAACACUCAAGUAGGAUCAAAUACAUCAUCGUCAAACUCAGGGACCAAUGGCAUUGCUAACAACAUGAAAGCCAUGACAAUAUCAGGCCAUGCUGGACCUGGCAUUCAUUCCAACCAAGCAGCUCUAUCAAGAGAUACAAGUAAUCCCAUGUUAUCGCAGAGAGAAGUCAAUGAGGCCAAGGCUAAGUCUACAUCACUGCCCAGAGAUACAUGUUUCUCAGAUGCUGUCGUCAUCUCAAAUUCAUCCGUCAUGCCAAGCAUGUCGAAUGGGGUAGAUGCUCCUCUCUCCUUCCCUCAGAUGGGGAUGACGAGUAAAGAUGGUCAUGGGUCCAAGAAGAAACAUAGAAGAUUGAGAAGUUCAGGAGGAAAUAAGAGCUUAGAUCAGCAUCAUUUAGAAGCAGAGAGUGAAGACUGUGAGUUUGUCAUUGUAUCAUUAGACAACAGGCAGUGGAAUUUUGAGGCAACAAAUUCAGAGGAGAGAGACGGAUGGGUGGUAGCUGUUGAGCAGAGGAUAUUAGCGUGUCUUCAGACCAACGAGAGUGCAAAGGGCAAAUGUCAACUCUCCAAUCUUGAACGAAGCGCCAUCGUAGACACCAUUAGGAAAGUCAGGGGGAACGGGUCGUGUGUCGACUGUGAGGCACAGAAUCCCGACUGGUCGAGCUUAAAUCUUGGAAGCUUAAUGUGCAUCGAAUGUUCGGGUAUUCACAGAAAUCUGGGGUCACAUAUCUCCAGAGUUCGGUCGUUAACGUUAGACGAAUGGCCACCUGAGUUAGCACAAGUGAUGAUGCUCUCUGGAAACGCUCUGACAAACAGCGUCUUUGAAGUGUCGUUACACAAUCACGUCAAACCUACAAUCACGUCAGGCCGCGAAGAAAAGGAGAAUUGGAUUCGAGCCAAGUACGAGAGGAAAGAAUUCAUCGCACCCUACCCCUACCCCGAGAGGAACCUCGGCCAGCAGCUGAUGGAAGCUGUCAUCAGGGAAGACAUCAGGGCUGUCAUGCUCCUAUUAGUUCAUGCACAGGAGGAUGAGGUGAACUAUCGCUAUGGCGAUGGAGAUGGGAGGUCUGCUCUCCAUCUUAGCUGUGCUAUGGGAAACGUCGUCAUCACACAACUUCUCAUCUGGUACAAACUGAACGUGAACAUCACUGAUGCUGAUGGGAGGACAGCACUAGGGUAUGCUAGGAGUGUAGGAGCUGAUGACUGUGCUAAGGUGCUCAUCAUGAAUGGUUGCCAAGACAAUGAAGAUUUGAACUCUAACAUGAACAAUAGCACGUUACUGAGAGUGCCCCCAGGCCCCGGGAGGGGGCAUCAUCUUCCAGGCGAUAAGAUGUCUAGUGUAAUAUAGGAUAAGGGAACAUCUGGAAUUGAGAGCUUGUGAUGUGUUUGGUCGUAAGAUGAAGAGAAUGAGAGACACAGGAUAAAAGAGGGAGAAUGAGAGGAAGGGAGAGAGGGAGAGAGUUAGAGAUGAAAGAGGAAAAAAGAGGAAGAUAAAGAGAGAACAAGAGAGAGAGAGAGAGAGAGAGAGAGAGAGAUAACAAUAUGAUUCAUUGAUAAUUAUGAAUAUAUAAAUACAUGUGGGACAUGAAUAUAAGUGCUUAGACCCUUAUCUUUGCAGCAUAUAUUACUGCAGUACAUGUAUGUGUCAUUCAAAUCAGGCUUCAAGCCAUAUUAUAUCAGUUGAUGGAUUAAUGGAAACAAUAAUGGAAAGCUUGUGGCUAGUUUUUCUGUUCUUUCCAGAUCUCAGAAAAUUGUGCUUUGAACUCCGUUUUGGAAAAAGCUUUAGCAGAUAUCGUUGCCUGCUACUGUAUUAGCAAUCACCCUAAAGCAAAUACAUGUAUUUCCACUUAUUGCAGUAUGCUGAUGGUUAAUGAGUGAAUGCAUUGAAAUACUGUUGCUACCCGGAUUUGAUCAGUUGUAGUGCUUUGUUAUAUUUCACUGAGAAUCUAUAUCCGUGUAGGUCAUUGUUGUUCUCGUGGAGUUUCAUUGCAUUUAGGCUCAAAAUGGUCUUACACAUAUUACUAUAGAAAUGACAUGAUAGAAUAUGUGUUCGAACUAUCACGUUUCCACAUCUUAUUACAUGUACUCUACUCAUUGAUGAGGUAUAAAAUAUCACACUGCAGAAAUGAUGUGAGAUGUGUAGUUGGAGUACAACAAAAUCCCAUUUACAGAGUGUGAUCAGCAGCUUUGAGAGGUUCGUUUUUGCUUUGAAAAAUCUCCUCUCUUCAUCAAGAAAACAAAAUUGGGAAUUUAAAAAUGCUUUAAACAGUAUUCAUUUGAUAAAUCAAGUUGUGUUAUUUAUGAUAGGAUGAAGGAUAAUCCACCAAACUUGUUCUCUGUUGGAAUGAAACGCAUCCCUUUGUCAGAGCUGUAGGCUACGUGCAUUUGAUGCAACUCCUAUGACAUACAUACAUACCUUGCCAGGGAUGAUUCCAUGCAAAGACACAGAAGAGUUUGAUGGUGUUCCUUCUAAUAAUUGUGCAAUGAUUUUUAGUAUUUUCCUACUUGGUGUAUAGAAUCUUCUCUGUAAAUGUAUCUUAGUUAGUCCUUAUUUUAGACCCACUAGUCAAUUGUAUAGCUUUAGGACUAUUCUGAUCAUUAACAUGUAUACAUACUUUAUAAAAUAUGUAAAGUUCUUUAGAUAUGAUACAGUCAUACACUUUGUCCAUAAUACAUGUAGAUAUAUCAUACAAAAACAUCAUUAAAAACAGAAGCAUUUUACCUAUCCUUUUAACUGCUUUUUAGAAUUUCUUGCUAUUCAUAAAUGUGUGGUCUUAAUGAUAAAAAUCCUUUUUUUUUUUAAAACAUAUGUGCAAAUCAGGAUGUAAGAUUUUCCCUCAGUAUAAGUAUGAUUCUAUGGGAGUUUAAUAAUUCAGAGUAUUGUAAAUCUGACACAAAAUAUCUGCAUGAAUAAAAUUCAUUUUCCUUCUCUUUUUGUCAGUUUGAGGCUUGGGAGAAAGCUUGGAAUAUAUUAUUAAUUUGGUUAAAUAAUGCUGAUGGUGCUUCAUUUUCAUACCAAUUGUUUGUUCAUGUUUUAGAUUAGGAUUUAUCCCACACUUGGCUGUUUAACUUUAGUUGUGAUAAAGAUUUAUCCUGAACUGUAGUUCUAACUAUGAACAUCUUUUCCCCUUGUCCAAAAUAAUCAUGUGAACAUGCGUUCCAUUUCCCCAAAGAAGGGUGCGACUUGUUUGAGGAUGAAGGGAAAAAUCAUAUGAAUGUGAACAUGAAACACAUUAUCUUUGAAAACCAAGACUCUGGGGAAAUUUGCCGUAGAGGAGUAUGCAGUAAUGAAUGUACCUUACUUGCUCCUUCACUUUUCAAUAUAAUAUGAGUAAGAUUAAUAAUGGUCUAUAUGUACAAUACCUGUUUGGCAAAUAACAUAACUGGACAACAUUGACCACCCUAAACCCCAGAAUACACAAAGACUAUAUAUUAUUUUGCAAUAUGAGGCUGGGAAGUUUUCUAUUUUUCUUGCUGACAUUUUUUCCUUACAAUUAAAUCAUGUAGGAUUUAGAGAGUGUAUGAAGGUAUUGUUGUAAAGUGUUUGUACUUUGUAGUGUGGUAGUAGAUGGGUGAACAUGAGAGUACAGGUGUAUGUGCAUGGUGGUAUGCGUGGUGGUGGUGGUGUGCAGCAAGUUUUUGAAUGAUGAUUACGAAAGCCAUCCAAGGAUACCAUAAUUUCUUGCCAUAAACUAAGUUGUGGUUUAGUAAUUGAGAAUAAUGCAAUGCAAAUCAUUUUGAUAUAAAUGCUAAAUACUAUGAUUAGAUCAUUGUUUGUAUUUAAAGCCAGUGUACCAUAGUAGUUUUAUUAACAGGUGUUGGUUAACAGUGUCGGAAUACACUAAAUCUACAUGUGGAAGUUGAUUAAUUGAUAGACUAAUGGAAGAUUACAAUGUAUGCAUAGUUCCUUUGGUUAUUAAGAUACUUAUAAUCAGAAACUGUAUUCAUAUACAUAUGAUUCUAUGAUUGUAAGGUGAAAGAAAGUUAAUGACCCUCUUCUAUUAUUUAAUGCCCUUUACAUACCUGCUAACCAUUUCUAUAUGGAAGCAAUGAUUGCUGUGUUAUGGCCUUCAAACUAUUGUUAUGAACCCUAGAUUGUACUCUUUUUCUGGAGAAUUCACCAUAAAACCAUACAGAACACACUGUUUUCCUAACUUUGUUUUAGGAGAUUCCUAUUUUUGUUGUGGAAGGUUUGCAGCUAUGUCUUUAUUUUCCUCGGACACAUUCAAAUAAGUUUAUUCAUCCGAUUUGGGAAAAGUGUGUCGUACAUUUUAAGUGUGCAGUGAGUGAGUUUUGUGCUAUUCAAACAGUGUUAACCAAUACCUUUAUCUAACAUUAUGAGUGUAAAUAGUCUAUUCUUGUCCAUGUGAUAUAUUAUCAAAUCUAUGUACAUUUAAAGAAAAGAGGGUGUCAACAAAUUCCAAUCUCUUUGUAAAUUAUUUCAUGUUUUCUUCUGUACAUUGUAAAUGUGAUGCUCAUGUUUAAAAGAAAAGUGUCUCUGUUGAAAAUACAAGUCAUUAACAUGGUGAACUCCACAGUAUUUACAGUUAUAGAACUAGCUGAUGACCAGACUUUGUAAGGUCAAUAUCUAGAUCAACAUUCAAUUCAACUUUAUUAUCUCUACAAAAGUUUAUGUACAGUGAGAAAUUUCUUUCUAUCUUGUAAACAGUGACAAGGAGUUAUGGAAUUGUCUUUCAUAUUUGUAAUGGGUUUGAUUUUAUUUUGUAAUGUAUUUGUACUAUUAUAUUAGAGGGAUGUUUUCUCUUUUUUCAUAAUUCCCACUAGAAAUUCAUUCAUCUAUGAAACACAAUUCCAUAACUUUCAUAUUUUGAUUUAUUGUCUCAUUUCAUUUCUAAUAAAAAGCCUGUGUCUGGCUGUUAUUUGAAUGAAAGUUAUGUAUUUGUGAAUGCAAACAAACUAACAUGAAUGGACGAUAUGAAAUGGAGAAAAAAAUAACUUUAAUAAAAAUGAUGAAAUAAAUGAUUAAAUAAGUAUAUAUUAUUGAAA